CACUUCUUUGUUCUCAAGUCGACGCAUAUCUUGUGGAUCAACGUGAAUAUUCACUGAAUAAUCUAUGGAAAGACAAUAGCCAACAAGGUUUUGUGAUAGCGUUUUAUAAACAUUUUACACUCUCUCGGCUAACAUAUAAAUCACUUUUAUCACGUCUGAUCUCGCCGAGGUUUCAUUCACAUUAGAUGAAGUGCCGUUAAGCGUUAAGUUCCAAGAGAAAGACACGCUCCAGGAAAAAGACAAGCGCGUUCGAUCCAAAAAUGGCAUUAAUUAGACGAGCCUCUCACGCUGGUAGCUGGUACUCGGACAAUGGUCCAGAGUUGAGUAAACAAUUAGAAGGUUGGUUGGGUGCGGCUGACUUAUCUCAUGGACCUGCGAGAGCAAUCAUCGCCCCGCAUGCAGGGUAUAGUUAUUGUGGGGCAUGUGCUGGUUUUGCUUACCGGCAAAUUAGUCCUGUAGUUGUCCGUAGGAUAUUUAUUCUAGGGCCUUCUCAUCAUGUGAGAUUACCAGGCUGUGCCCUAUCUUCGACUUCCAUUUACCGAACACCGUUAUAUGAUCUACAUAUUGACCAACAAGUGAGAAGAGAACUUGAAGAAACUGGUCAUUUCGAAUGCAUGGAUCUGAACACAGAUGAAGAAGAGCAUAGCAUUGAGAUGCAGUUGCCGUUCAUCGCCAAAAUUAUGGAAGGAUUUAAGGAUUCAUUUACCAUAAUCCCAAUUUUGGUGGGAUCCUUAAGUCCUGAUAGAGAAGCGCUUUAUGGGAGACUAUUAGCACCCUACAUGGCCGAUCCGCAAACAUUAUUUGUCAUCUCCUCUGAUUUCUGCCAUUGGGGACAACGUUUUCGCUAUACUUACUAUGAUAGAUCAUGUGGGCCUAUACACAGAUCUAUUCAAAACCUUGAUAAAAUGGGUAUGGACAUUAUAGAAACUUUGAAUCCUGCAAUGUUUACUGAAUAUCUUAAAAAAUAUGGUAAUACUAUUUGCGGCCGUCAUCCGAUUGGUGUUUUAUUGCAGGCCAUUCAUAGUCUCAAGGCAAAUACAAAUGGUCAAAGAAUGAAUUUGAAAUUUUUGAAAUACGCUCAAAGUAGUCAAUGUAACAAUAUGAAUGACAGCUCUGUCAGUUAUGCUAGUGCUUCCCUAGUUCUCGAGUGAUAAAAAUAUACAAUUUGAUCAUAUGAUUAUUGAUCAGCCUGAAUAUAAACAUUUUCUUAAAGUGGAUUGACAUGACAUAAUAAAGUUCUUUAAAUUAUUCAACAAGAUUAGAGGCACACAAAACGUUGAGAAAUUUUGUAAUGCAGAAAGAAGAUAAGGGAACACUGAAGUUAACAUUCUGCUGUAAUUUAUAACAUUAUUUAUAUUAUGUGGCUAUUACACAACCGGUGUCGGGGCAAGUGUUAAUUCUCGCGUUAUAUGUAACAGAUGGAAAGUGUACCAUUAUCGAAACCAUUUGUAUAACUGCAUUUCGGUUUAUUACUUACAAGAAAUAUUCAGUACUUCCAGAUUUCAAUAUAUAGGAAGGAGCUUAAAUAUUUCUUUGCUUUGGUUAUUGACAGCUACAUAUAUGGUAGAUGUAUAGUAAUAAAAUGUGUUUCUCAUGUGCAUGUAUUUAAAAGAGAAAAUUUCAAACUAUCGGCACAAAAGAAGAUAAUAUUAUUUAUAAACAAAAUUAUAAUUAGUGAUAAAUCAAAAUUGUUAAUUUCUUAUAUAAAUUUAUAAUUUAAAUAAUCCAUAUACUAUAAAAUAAUACGAUUUAUGGUGCUUAAGCUUUUUAUGUCUAGAUACACACUAUAUGAUACAAAUUAAUAUAAUUUUAAAAAUUAAUAAUAUUUUUUUUAGGUUGAUGUAGAUUAAUUUAAAUUAUGAUUGUGCAAAGAUAUAUUAGUAUAGGAUUUUUAUACAUAUAUUGAAAAGUAAUGUAAAAUUAUUAAUGUAAUAUUACUUUUUAAAGUCAUAAUUUAGUUUUCUUAAUCAAACCAAGUUAUGUGAUAUAUCAAAUGAGCUUGCAUAUUUUAUUUCACUGUCCUAAAUAGUGUUAAAUUGCUAAUAAAUUCGUGAAUAUUUUGUAAAGUCUCUUUUGUGCCUUUAGCAUGAACAACUUAUAUCAAUUUGUAUUGUAAUAUCGGUAUAUCAAUACAAAAGUUACAACUUAAAAUAUAUAUUUAUCUUCUCUUUUUUUCUUUUUAUACAAAGCAAUGGAAUGAUCUCAUAUCCUUCCUAUUCUAUAAUCUAUUGUUACCUAAGCAUAGGAGAUUAAAUUGAAUAAUGUAUUGUAUUAUUGUAAUAUGAUGUGAGUCUGAAAAUUGGGGUCAGUACAUAUAACUGAAAUGUAUAUGCAUGAGUUUUCAAACUCAUAACAUGUGUUUAUUUUUAUUUCUAUAUUACUUGCAAACAUGCAUCAAAUAAUAUAUUACUUUUCAAAAUGGUCCAUGAUACAGAAUUCUAUGUCGAAUAUGAAUUAAAACAUAUGGUAUACAUAUAUAAUUGAUUUACAUUUCGCAAUAAAGUAGCUUGUUCGUAAUACAAAAAAAAAAGAAGAUGGAAUUAUACAACUGAUCCUGCACAUGUUGGUUUUUCUAUCUUUAUAUACUGAGGUAAUAAGGUUUAUAUUUGUAUGAAAAAAAGUAGAGUAUAAUCUAUACCUAUAUUGUUUCAUAGACGUGUAAUAAAAAUAUGCAAGGAAAAAUAUACAAGUGUUUCUACAUACACAACUACGAUAA